AUGAAUAAGUUAGAAUAUUUCAAGAAAUUUGAUAUAAAAUUAUUUUUAACUGCCCAAAUUAAUAUUCAACAUUAUAAUCACCAAUGUCCCAUACCUAAUAAUUUAUCUAAGAGAUUCAAUCAUAGCAAUAACAAUAUACAAUUGAUGAUAACUUAGGGUUGCACUAUCAAUGUACUGAUCAUAAUUUUACAAGCAUAGUUGAGUGAAUCAGAAACUUUGGAUAUCGAUAAUAAGAUAUAGUUAUUAGAAAAUAACCGGAAUUGUUAUUAUUUAUCACAUAAAGUAUAUUUAGAGUUUAAAGAUUAAAUAAAUAAGAUUUCACAAUAAAGCAAUUGUAUCCUAAAGAUUAUAUUUUUAAUACUUAGCACUCAAAAAUAAGUAAUUUACAUUUCUAUUAUAGCAUAUAAUUGUUCUUAUCAUAAACUUUAUCAGUUGAAUAAUACAAAAUAAAAUAUGGGAUUACAGAUAUAAAAUUCAUCCAUUAUUUGCUUCUUUGAUUUUAUGAACAAUCUGAAAAGAAAGAUUUAUAAGUGCAAGGUUUUGAUAGAUUAGUUCACUAAAAUAUGGAAAUAAUAAUAAUUAGAUGUAUAUUAUACAUCAUUAUCAACAGCCCCUUCUAAUAACAAGGUUCCUACUGGUGUGGCGAAAUGGAAAUAUAAUUAUAUGAAAGAAAAAGAUCUAGAUAUAUCAUCCUGUCAAAAGAGUUUAUUUAUUUUUCAUUAUCUGAAGAUUGUAAUUAACGUUAUGGCGUUAAGAUGUACUGACGAUUAUGCGCUUAAUAAAGAUAACAUAUUAUGA